AUGUCCUCUUUCUUCGUGGUGCCCUCCUUUGCGCCUCCCACGCUUGAGCAGCUGGCCACUGAGCCCGACGAGGUGGCCAUAAUCGUGGCGCAGGAGGCCAAGAUCACCCAGGAGCUGGCCCAAGUCCGCGAGUACAACAAGAACGCGGAGCCGCUGGGCGUGAUAGCGGCACAUGAGGAGCUGGAGUCCGAGCAGGAGGAGGGCCUGACGUCGGACGAAGGCGGUGCAGAGCUGACUGAGGAGGAAGAGGAGGAGGUGGACGAGGAGGAGGGGGAUACAGACAUCGAGGACGGCGAUGGCGACGCCAUGUGA